AUGUUCCCAGGUACCUCCUCGCUGUCGCUCCCCGAGCUCUUGACGCUAGCGCGCGACCUGGACAGGCCCCCAGAUCAAACAGGCGCCGCCGAGGCUGCUGGGGGCCCCGCGAGCGGCGGCGGAGCUGCGGGAAGCGAUAGUACUAGCAGUAGCAAUAGGAACAGCCCAUCUGGCGACGGACGAAACCGAAAGGACGAGCCGGGCGGUGCGGGUGGCGGGGAAGGGUCGCCGAAGAGGAGAGGGGUGAAGCGGCCGGCGGCGUCGGGCGAGGAUAGUGGCGGUAGGCCCGAUGGCGGCGGCGGCGGCGGGAAGGGCAAGCCGUCGAAGGCGUCGGCGUCGGCGUCGGGGGGUAGCUUUGCGAGACUGACCCCACCGAAGCGGCCUAAGAUUUCGCUCGAUCUCGAUGAUUUGGAUAGCGAUGAUGAUGAUGACAGCGGUAGCAGUGGUGACGAAGAGUGAGAGGAUGGUUUAAGAACGAGGUCGACCGAUUGUAAUUGUUAUGGGUGCAGUGCAGCUGCCCUUGUGAAUGAUGGCGGUGUGAUGAUGUGCUUCUUGUUUUUCUCUCUUGGGAGUCCGUACUUGUUACAGAGGUAUCGUCAGCUGCAUUCAGACAUGGGGUCCAUGAGACGGCGGUUGUUGUUGUUGUAUACAGAACGAUUCUUUGAGAGUCAGCGUGCGAGAUUCACCCGCUACGAUGUUGUGUGCCAUCUGAGAAAUCUCGCCUGAUUCAGCUGCAUGGCACAACGUUGAGUAGAUCAUGAGCUUGAUUGUUCGACCCGGCGGGUCUCACGGACGGGGCGCGAUUUUGCCGUGCCAGCUUGGGUUUUUGGAUGCAAGAAGCAGCGUUCACUAAGUGGCACGCAAGGACUUCGGGAUGCGAGUGCUUCUCAAGGGCUAUUGGCGUUUGUUUUUUACCUUGUUGGUCGAACAGAGCAACUCACAGCUGCUGCACGCGUCAGGAUCACGCCCGUGGUCCCUUGCAGAAACAAAAGCGUACGUACCCAUAUGCUAUUCAUAGCGUUGUUCACCCUUAGUCCUACAGCGGGGGAAACAGCCGACCAAAGAGAAUGGAGCAGAAACUAAUAGCCGCCGCGUGUCGAUGAAAAAGUACUGGACUUAAGCCAUGCACGGACUCGAACGAGACUCCCGUCUCUGGUCUCGACGCUCAGGUGCAGUCGACGUGUUGCCAAUGCAUCGGCCAGGGUGUAGAGUGGUGAGUGGGCAGUGC